AUGUCACAAUCACAAAAUAUUCAAGGUCGCACGGAACCCUCCCUCGACGUAGCUCCCACUCCUCAAAACACACCUUUGGACACUGGCGUACUCCAAAACAGACCAGCUAACAUGGGUCAACCCACAGUGGAAACCCUCGCAGAAGGUGAGGAAUCAGAAGACGAUGGAGAAGAUGUAGGUGGUGCAAACCCCGCUAGCUUAUUGGCCAAGAACCCCGCUCUCCUCGCUCUUGCUCAAUCAAAACUUGAAGACUUGAUCGGCACAUCCUCCGGUUAUAUUGAGUCCCUCCCUCCUGCUGUCCGAAAGAGAAUCGAUGGUCUUAAAGGUGUUCAAGUUGAGCACUCCAAGAUAGAAUCUGAGUUCCAAAUGGCCAUCCUCGAGUUAGAGAAAAAGUUCCUUAGCAAGUUCUCACCCCUCUACGAACGACGAGAAGCCAUCAUCACCGGUAAAGCUGAACCUACCGAGACCGAAGUAGAAGCUGGUAAAGCUUCGGACUCAGAUGACGAGGACGAUGAUGAGGAGGAAGGUGCCAAAGUUGAGGAAAUCACAGAUGAGAAAGAUGCAGGUGACAUCAAGGGUAUCCCCGAAUUUUGGUUAACAGCUUUGAAAAACCAUGUUCCUAUUUCUGAGACUAUCACCGAUACUGACGAGGCUGCCCUUCGAUCUCUCACUGAUAUCAAGCUUUCUUACCUCGAAGAUGGUCAACCUGGUUUCAAACUUCACUUCGUCUUCGCCACCAAUGAGUACUUUGAGGACUCCGAGUUGACCAAGACGUACUACUACCAAGAACAAGUCGGUUACGGUGGUGACUUUGUCUACGACAAAGCUAUUGGCCACGAGAUCAAGUGGAAAGAGGAGAAAGAUCUCACCAAGAAAGUAGAGAUUAAGAAGCAAAGGAAUAAGACCACUGGCCGAACUCGAGUGAUCAAGAAGGUCGUUCCUACAGAUUCCUUCUUCAACUUCUUCAAACCUCCUCAACCCCCUACUCCUGAAUCUCUCGAAUCUUCCGAUGUUGAUGAGGAUGAGCUCGAAGAGCUUGAUGCCCGUCUUGAGACCGACUAUCAAAUCGGAGAAGACUUCAAGGAGAAGAUCAUCCCUCGUGCUGUCGACUAUUUCACUGGUAAAGCUCUGAGAUACGAAGAAGACUUUGAUGAGGAGCUUGAUGAGGAUUUCGAGGAUGAGGAUGACUUUGACGACGAUGAUGAUGAGGAUAACGAAGGUCAAGGUGAAGGCUCCGCUGCCGCCAAUCCCGAUUGCAAGCAGCAAUAA